GGAGGCGGGUUUUGCUCCGCUCGGGCUAGACUUGAAAGUGCAUUGGUCCGGCAGCGGCAGCUGGAGCCCUGGGCAGGCACUGAGGCUGAGCCAGCCCGAAAGACCCCGGGGGAUGGGGCACCCCGAGCCGACCCUGCCCCCGGCGCCCGAGGCAGGCCACGCCAGUUACAUAAAGGGCUUAUAUAAAGGGCUCAGCCGGCGUGGCCACAUGGGCUGUAGCGAGAGGAGGUGCAGAAGAGGCAGCGGGGCCAACAGCUGCAGGUGCCCGCUCUUCACCACGGACACCGUACCCGCAGCUCCGGCCCAGCCCCGGCCGCUCUGGGCGGCUAGGGCAGCCCAGUCCCCGGGGCAUCCCCAGGACGGAGCGGACCAUCAACCCCCGAGGGGGAAGAAGAGGAAGAGGGCAGCCCAAGGAAGGCAGGGCUUAAGCCAGGUCCCAGCCCGAAGUCCAGCUCCGCCGCGUCCCGGGGCCGGACGGAGGGAUGAAGAAAGGGGGACCCCGGCAGCGCCGUUGCUGCUCCCCCCGCCGCCCGCAGCCAUGGAAACGGGCGAGGAGGACGGUGUUCGCCGAGGGACACAAAGCAGUGAGCGGAAAAGGCGAAGUCCAGGGCUCCGGGCGCCCGGCGCAAAGCUGAGGCCGGCGGCAGCGGCCCAGGCCCAGGCUCAGGCCCAGGCCCAGGCCAUGGAGGCGGCCGCGGAAGAGGAGGCGGCCGCGGGCAAGGCCUACCUGGCGGCGGCGCUGAGGCGGCGAGAGGCGACGGCGCGGCCGCGGUACAGCCUGCUGGCCGAGAUCGGCCGCGGCAGCUACGGCGUGGUGUACGAGGCGGUGGCCGGGCGCAGCGGGGCCCGGGUGGCCGUGAAGAAGAUCCGCUGCGACGCGCCCGAGAACGUGGAGCUGGCGCUGGCCGAGUUCUGGGCCCUGACCAGCCUCAAGCGGCGCCACCAGAACGUGGUGCAGUUCGAGGAGUGCGUCCUGCAGCGCAACGGGCUAGCCCAGCGCAUGAGCCACGGCAACAAGAGCUCGCAGCUGUACCUGCGCCUGGUGGAGACCUCGCUCAAAGGUGAAAGGAUUCUGGGUUAUGCAGAGGAGCCCUGCUAUCUCUGGUUUGUCAUGGAGUUCUGUGAAGGGGGAGAUCUGAAUCAGUAUGUGCUGUCCCGUCGGCCUGACCCAGCCACCAACCGAAGCUUCAUGCUGCAGCUUACCAGUGCCAUCGCCUUCCUACACAAAAACCACAUCGUGCACAGGGACCUCAAGCCUGACAACAUCCUAAUCACUGAGAGAUCUGGGGUCCCUGUCCUUAAGGUUGCUGACUUUGGACUCAGCAAAGUCUGUGCUGGGCUGGCACCUCGAGGGAAAGAGGGCAGUCAGGACAACAAAAAUGUGAAUGUGAAUAAAUACUGGUUGUCCUCAGCCUGUGGCUCUGACUUCUACAUGGCCCCUGAGGUCUGGGAGGGGCACUACACGGCCAAGGCGGACAUCUUUGCCCUAGGCAUUAUUAUUUGGGCCAUGAUAGAGCGGAUCACGUUCAUUGACUCCGAGACCAAGAAGGAACUGCUGGGGACCUACAUCAAACAGGGGACAGAGAUUGUACCCGUAGGGGAAGCGCUGCUAGAGAACCCAAAGAUGGAGUUGCACAUCCCCCAGAAACGCAGGACUUCCAUGUCUGAGGGGAUCAAGCAGCUCUUGAAAGAUAUGUUAGCUGCUAACCCACAAGACCGACCUGAUGCCUUUGAGCUUGAAACAAGAAUGGACCAAGUCACAUGUGCUGCUUAAAAUUCAGGGCAAAGCAUCCCGGGCGUUUUAUAACUGGGUUGACUUCGCAGGGACCCACAAUCUCUUCAGUAUGUGCAUAGAGGGAAGCAGAGGAUCAAGAAGUGGCUGGGUGGAUGAUGGGCGCUCUCCGGACAGCUGGAUCUCCGGCUAUGUGAAGCUUUUGUUUGGGGGGUGGUUGUGGUUUUUUCUGUGUGUUUGAUUUUUUUUUUCCCCCUUCCUUUCAAUUUUUCUUUACCUUUUUUUGGGAAGCCAAUUUGAGACUUCAGAAGAGCAGAAGCUAUUCCGAUGGACAGGCACCAGUUUGUUUAAAGCCAAUUCAAUAUGGACACAGCACAUGUGUACUUUUUAUUUUUUCCAGAUGAGGUGGGGGAAAUAAUUUUUGUUCGUCUUCUUUCCUUUUUUCUCCUUUUCCCCUUCUGUGUCUCAUUCCUGCUUUUUCAAACAACAGCUCAUUGAGAAAGACCCCUUUGUCCAGCUUUUCACCAUCAAACUCAUUCAAGGUCAAAAGGACUUUUCCUAAGGGUUUCUGCUAGGUGAGGAGCAGGGGCCCUUCCUCUUAAAUCUUUUCCCUAGAUCAGCCAGGAACUGUUCUGGCCUGAGGAUGAUCCUUUUGGAUAAUUAGGGAGGGAAAAGAGGCCCCACAUGACUUCAGUCCUAAGUGAUGGCUAAGUAGCCAGCACUAACUUGUCCCAUGGCAGAGGGUAAGAGAGACAAGAGGCAACAAAUGCACUAGGUCAGACCUGGAAAAAUAUGGGAGGGCCCAGUGCAGGGUUUGGGGGAGGGUGCCCCCAGUCUCAUAGUAUUUUUGGUUUCCAGGAAUCCAAACCUCUGGCCAUGGCCAAGAAUUGGAUUCUCCACUGUUGGAUGUUUUGUAUACUCUCUGUUUGUCUAUCUCUGUCUCUAUCACUUUUACUCUCAGUCCUUCACUCUUUUGUGAGCAUCCUCUCUCCAGACUGAGUGGAGCUAAAAGGGGCUUAUAAAAGGAUUUUCCUGUGCCCAUCCUUAAUGCAUGUGUUUCUUCUGCUAAGGGAAUCCAGGAAAGAAGCCAGUGGUGCCAAAUCUUUGCUAGGAAGGUAGCCAUGUGGCAGUGUUCUGGGCUUGGUCUACCUGGUGCCCCUUCUAGAACCAGAAGAAGAGGUAGGGUCCUUUCUAGAACUGGCCUAGUUGUAAAGGGUCUGCCAGCAGCAUUAUCAUAGGACAGUGCGGACAGAGAAGUUGAGGCCUCUCUAGCUGCUCUUGCCCAACCCAUCACUGCCUUGGCUGGGUACAUGGAAACCCCAGGCAUCCCCCCACACAUCUUCCUAUCCCUUGUUCCCUGUAGAUGGUGGCAUAAAGUGAAGCCCCCACUAGGGACCCUGUCUCAAAGUUGGGGGUGUUUUCCAUAGGAAUGUAGAUACUCUCUACAGAAGGAAAGGCCCUGUUUAACUAGAGAAGCCCGUUUAGCAGUCUAGAAUCUAACUUUUCAUGUCAUCAAGCUCAUUACCUUCAAACUCGACAGAUUCUUGACUUCUCUUUGUGUGUCUCUACACACACUGUCACCCUCACUCUCUCACACUCUUUCUCCCCACCCAAUGUAAUUGUUGUCCCUCUAGGGUAAUUUCCCCUUGCAUUUGUCAUUUUUCUCUCAGUAAGAUCAAGUGCUUAAGGUCAGGUUUUUUGAAUGUACAUCCUUGUUGUUCCUCUCUAUCUCAGUCCCCAGUUAUAGCCAGAGUGGAAAGGGUGACAGGGUAAAGGGAAAAGUCUUUUCCUUCCUUAUGCCUGAAGCCAGGGAAGAUCGACAGAGACAAGGAAAAGACAUUUUUACUCUUUAUCCAUCUCCUUUGGUUUGGCAGGUUCCCACUAGCCAGCACACCUUACUCGGGACCUUUUGUUCUAUACCUGUACAAUUCCAAAAUAGUCUGUUUUCCCAGUUUCCUGCUGGCAUUCCUCUAGCCUUCACAUACUGAGAUCUGCUCUUCACCUGUUGUGGACAGUUAGCUUCAGUCAGCAUUAUUCGGUAGCCUGGGUCCAGGCCCCUUGGCCUUCCAUAAGGCAACUCAUUUGUUGUAGGUGUCGCUCUUUCUCUCUACAGCUUUUUAGAUCAGUAUGGAUACACACUGCUCUUGAAAGUAUGAUCUGGGAGAAAUCCUAAUUAAGGUGAAGGCUUGCUUCUCUGCCCCCAACACUUGUUUCCCAUGGGGCAGACUUGUCUCCUCAUUCAUUAGUGAAUGGUGGAAAACAGUCCCAUGUUUCAGUGCCACAAAUUCCCCCUUCUCUGCACCUCCAUCUUCCCUCAACCCUUGCACGGGAAUCCCUAAUGAGGGUUCAAGGACUAAUUUGUUUUAUUCAAAGGUAGGUUAGAGUUUGGGGUGAUUUUUUUUUCUUCUUUUAAACCUCUCAAUCUCUUCUCCUCCCCAGUUCUGAUUUCAAGGUUCUUGUAGAUCAUCCACCUCUCCUGAUCUAGACCUCUUCUCACCUUUUACUGGCUCUCAGAAUCAAUCCCCACAUCCUUCCAGGAGGUCACAAAGUUCCACAUCUCAGACAUUCUAGUCUGCAUGUGACAAAGGUGGUUGUAUCUGGCGUUUGGUAGACACCUACAGCCAAGAGUUUGAGUUCUUCACUCCCUGGCCUCCUAGCAUCAGAAGCUAGCCUCACCCUGUAGGCUCUGAUCCAAACAUGGAUCGGCCAGGACUUCUUUGACCCUGGCCGAGCCAUCCAGUCAGUUCCAAGUGCCUGCCUUCCUCUUGUCUCCCACUGUAUCCCAAGGCUCUAUCUAGAAACCACAUCAAGAAGGUACCAGGCUAAAUGUUCUCUCUGCUCUUCUCCACCGGUAACCAGAAAGACAAGAUGGUUAGGGGCCUGCUUUAGGGGUUGGUGAGCAGUUUGUAGCAUGGCACAAUGAGGUAGCUUUUGAAGCAGUUAAUGAUGUUCAUUCUCUUUACUGUGCCCCUUCCACAUUACUCUUCUUAUUCUUCUCUGUUCCUUUCAUCCCCAUGCCAGGGUCCUGUGCCCAACAGUGGCAUUGUUCAAUUCUAAUGAUUUGGCACUGCCAAUUUCAUCCUAGACCAAGAUGUAAAGCCUUGUGUAACCCUUCUCUCUUCCCCCGCAAAAUCUCUUUUGGCAAACUGGUAACAUUUCAUUACCUUCCUAGGAGUCUGUAGAGUGGCUUUCACUCUUUGUAGACUAGAGAUUCAGAAAGAGCAGUCCAUCUAAAGGCCCAAGCCUGCAUCUUCCCUGUGGAAAGCAGAUAAGCCUUCCAGGCUCAAUCUGUUUCUCUGAAGGCCAGAGAAUCACAGGGACACAGACCACAGUGCCUUAUACUAGAAACGUCCAGCCUCACAAAGCAUGUCACACUUUUGUCUUCCUCUCUCUUCGAGCUCCCCUGUCUGGUCCUCAUCUCCCAUUUCUCUCUUCCUCAUCUCCUUCCUAGCAGUGUCUGUGGACACUUGAUUCCUCUGGGCCCCUUGCAGGAGCAGUCUUUUCUAGUGUGGUGUUCUUGGUUCUCUGAACUGUCUAGGGAAGGCUCCUAUCCUGGGCUUAAGGAACUGUUAGUGGGAAGACCAGGCUUUUGCCCUGUGACCCACCUCAUCUCUUCCCACACCUCUCUGAGGAUAUUGGUUGCCCUUAGAGGAGCAAGGACAGGGGCCUCCAUUUGGAUUUGGAUUCUUAGAACUUUGCAGGCAGGCCACACUGUUGUCCUGUCUUUGCCUCCUCCCCAUCGUUCUCUUUGCUGAUAGCACUGCUGGCUAAGAUUCCUUACCUGGGGCACGUCCCCUCUGGUGACGGGAAUUGGGAGGGUGUUAAGGCACAGGAAUGUGGGAUGAGCCCAGUGGUGCAGGCUGGUAUUCAGGAGUCAUCACACCAGGUUCACAUGGCACCCUUUGGUAGAAAUCAUCAACCUGGUUCAAAAUAGACUCAGUUACCCACUUUGGGGCAUUGGAGACAAGCUCUGGCUCUUGACAACCUGAUGGCCAAGCCCCAUUUUGUUAGGCCCUCUCUCCCAGCCCCAUAGAUAGAGCAAGUGUCUUCCUCUCCACCAUACCCUGCCUCAUGCCCAGAGCUGACUUUGCAAAGUCUCUCCUCAAAGGAAUAUGAUUUCCAGGGGGUCUAGGAGUGAGUCUAUGAAAUUGUUUACUUUAGAAAUGUCCUGUUUACAGUGGGGAGGGGCCAAACUUCAGGGGCAAUGGGUUGGGACUUUCCAAGCACAAGGAGUUCAAAUCCUUAUUGAACACCUAGUAUCCUUUGUGAUCAACCAGUGGUUAGCCCUGGGGAGGGGUGUUGUAUUCCUGUCCCUCUCUUUUACCCUCCUGUUUUCAAAACCCAGAGGUGCUAGGACUAACAAGCCAAUAGUCCCCUUCCCAUGUCUUCCUGCCUAUUUUGUGUCUCUCCUCUCCCUCCUCCUCUUGGAAUUUUCAGCUCUUUAACAUAUCAGAUGUCUCCUUGAACCAGAGUGCUUGGAGCAAUAAGUUGUUUUUUGUUGGUUUUUUUUUUAAGUGACAGGAGGAAAGUAACUGUCCCUAUGGAUUCUCUUCCUCAAUUCUGUUUUGUUUUACUUUUGAAGUCUCAGUAGGCAGGAUCUAGUCUGGGUUGAAGCCUGCCUGGUACCAGAAAAAAGGCACAAACACCACUUCUUGCCCCUCCUCCAGGCGAGCAAAUCCCCAGGCUGAGGGAGCAGGGAAUACUGCUGAUUUGUUUUGUGGGCCUCUUACUGCACACUGCCAACUCAGCUCACCAGCCUGGCCUGGGGAAUGUGCCUUGCCUGCCAUUGGCCAAAUUUAUACACACCCCCAGAUCCAUGCAUCCAGGCUGGCUGGGGUCACUCGCCAUUGCUUGCCCAGCUUCCCCUUUCCAGGCCUCUGGACCAAGAUCGGACCCCUGAUUAUGUCCUUCCUUUCUCACACUUCCUUAUGUUAAUGAAAUUCACCCAUCUUGCAAAUGGGAGCCCUGAAAACCCCAGAAUUUGGGCACCUGAUAAAUGAUGGAUGGAUCGGAUUGCUGGCCCUUAGAAGCCACAGCACUGAAUUAAUGAUACUGCCUCGGAUCUUGCCGUGCCUGGGGAGUUGGUGAAAGCAUUGGCUGUGAUGUAUGAUUUCACCUAACAGCUCCAUAGCCUGGUCCCAAGCAUGAAGGUAGAACAAGCUUUCCACGUACUCAGAAGAAUAACGUUAGCUUAGUCUUCAUGUGCACAGACAUCAAAAGCAAUAAAGUUCUUGCUGGCAAGCCCCCAUCCAUUAACCUGGUAGAUCUUGGUGCCAUUGGUUUCAGCAUGAUAUCAUUAAGGCUUUAGCUGAUUCCCUUAGAAUUUUGGCUCCAGAAUAGCCCACCCUUGUCCUGGGUUUUACCUGAUGAAUCGAUUUGGUUUUUUGUGUUUUUUUUUUUUUCCCUCCCCACUCCUCAGCUCCCCACCCCCCAAACAAUUCCACUCAAACACUUAGAGCCCCGUCAGGGGAGAAGUAGCCUCUCCCACCCCUGGAAAGUUGCCCUUGGGCAGCUCAGGGCCUGGUGGUUUCACAGCACUUUGAACCCCCCAGCACCCCUUUCCCAAACCACAAUGUGGGGGGGGGGUCGCCAAGGGGGUGAGCUUCAUGUAGAAAAUGGAAAAGGCAAGUGACCAGGUAGUUAGGGGAGAGCGAGAGGAAAAAAGUCAUCUUCAGCCCUCAAGACUUCUUUUCUCAAGAGCUACUAGUUAGAUAGAAGCUAAUGGCUCCUUCCUUCACCACAGUGGACAGGACACAGAGGCUAGCAGGUGUGAGGGAAAGGCUUAAACCCAGGCUCAAAGUUAGUUUAAAGUACUAGUUAAUAAAUCUAUUUUUCUGGGUUUUCUUUUUCUUUUUUUUUUUUGCACAGAAGCUGGUAAUCUAGGACCUACGUGUGAACAACUUUAUAUGAAUAUUUUUUGUACUCAGUUUACUUGGGUUGGAUUGAAACCUUGUAUUUAAGUUCCUCGAACACUGUGGAUCCCCUGAUGUGUAUGAAUGGCAGACACUUUGUAAAUUAAGAGACGUUUGUGUGAAUAAAGCUAUUUGAUGGGGUUGAAGAA